CGCCUCCCCUCUGCGCUCUCCCUGCAGGACCCGUCUGUUCCCCCUCGGGCUACAAGAAGGCGGAUGAUGAGAUGUCCGGAGCCACGUCCUCGGCGGAUCUGGACGAGGCACCAGCCCGCACCAUUUACUUGAACCAGCCCCAGCAGAGCAAGUUCCGUGACAACUGGGUCAGCACAGCCAAGUACAGCGUGGUGACAUUUCUACCUCGAUUCCUGUAUGAGCAGAUAAGAAAAGCUGCAAAUGCAUUCUUCCUCUUCAUUGCCUUACUGCAGCAAAUUCCAGAUGUCUCUCCAACAGGAAGAUAUACCACCUUGGUGCCAUUGCUAUUUAUUUUAACAGUUGCUGGCAUCAAAGAAAUCAUAGAAGACUACAAAAGGCAUAAGGCAGACAGUGCAGUGAAUAAAAAGAAAACAAUAGUUCUAAGAAAUGGAAUGUGGCAGAACAUUAUGUGGAAAGAGGUAGCAGUAGGAGAUAUUGUGAAGGUCACCAAUGGGCAACAUCUUCCAGCAGACAUGAUCAUUCUAUCUUCCAGUGAACCACAAGCCAUGUGCUAUAUUGAAACAGCUAAUCUUGAUGGGGAGACGAAUCUUAAAAUACGACAGGGAUUGUCUCAAACUGCUAGUUUCCAGUCAAGAGAAGAACUGAUGAAAGUUUCUGGAAGGAUAGAAUGUGAAGGACCCAACCGUCAUCUUUAUGACUUCACUGGAAACCUGCGCUUAGAUGGUCAAAGCCCAGUUCCUGUUGGUCCAGACCAGAUCUUGCUAAGAGGUGCACAACUGAGAAACACUCAGUGGGUCUUGGGUAUUGUUGUGUAUACAGGACAUGAUACAAAACUCAUGCAGAACUCAACCAAAGCACCUCUGAAGAGAUCAAACGUGGAGAAAGUGACCAACAUGCAGAUCCUGGUUUUGUUCUGUAUUCUCCUGGUGAUGGCUCUUGUGAGUUCUGUAGGUGCCUUAUUAUGGAACAGAACACACGGCGAAGUUGUCUGGUACCUUGGCUCCAACAAAAUGUUGUCUGUCAACUUUGGAUAUAAUCUGUUGACAUUUAUAAUCUUGUACAACAACCUUAUUCCAAUCAGUCUUCUGGUGACUUUGGAAGUUGUCAAGUUUACUCAGGCUCUUUUUAUAAAUUGGGACAUAGAUAUGUAUUAUCCUGAAACAGAUACACCUGCAAUGGCCAGAACCUCAAACCUUAAUGAGGAACUUGGGCAGGUAAAAUACCUGUUUUCUGAUAAAACAGGUACUCUAACAUGCAAUAUUAUGAACUUUAAGAAAUGCAGUAUUGCUGGAGUGACAUAUGGUCACUUUCCUGAGCUGGUAAGAGAACGUUCAUCAGAAGACUUCAGCCAGCUACCUCCUUCUACCAGUGAAUCGUGUGAAUUUGAUGACCCAAGACUACUGCAAAAUAUUGAAAAUGACCAUCCCACAGCUGUGCACAUACAGGAGUUCCUCACUCUUCUGGCCGUGUGUCAUACUGUUGUUCCUGAGAGACAAGGAAAUACAAUAAUCUACCAGGCAUCCUCUCCAGAUGAGGGGGCAUUAGUGAAAGGAGCAAAGAAACUUGGUUAUGUCUUCACAGGACGGACUCCACAUUCGGUUAUCAUUGAUGCGCUGGGAAAAGAAAAAACCUUUGAAAUCCUUAACGUGCUGGAGUUCUCCAGCAACAGGAAGAGAAUGUCAGUGAUUGUUCGAACUCCAGCAGGACAGCUACGUCUCUACUGCAAAGGGGCUGAUAAUGUGAUUUUUGAGAGGCUUUCAAAAGAUUCCCAGUAUAUGGAGCAAACACUGUGCCAUCUUGAAUACUUCGCAACAGAAGGUCUGAGGACUUUGUGCAUUGCUUAUGCAGACCUGUCAGAAAACUCUUACAGAGAAUGGUUGAACGUCUACAAUGAAUCCAGUACAGUUCUGAAAGACAGAACUCAGAAGCUGGAGGAAUGCUAUGAGAUCAUUGAAAAGGAUUUACUGCUUCUUGGAGCUACAGCCAUUGAAGACCGUCUGCAAGCAGGUGUUCCAGAAACAAUAGCCACACUAAUCAAGGCAGAAAUUAAGAUAUGGAUUCUGACAGGGGACAAACAGGAAACAGCUCUCAAUAUAGGGUACUCCUGCAGACUCAUUUCACAGAGUAUGUCUCUCAUCCUGGUCAAUGAGGAUUCGCUAGAUGCAACAAGAGCCUCUCUGACUCAACACUGUACCAGUUUGGGGGAGUCACUGCGCAAAGAGAACGAUAUUGCUCUGAUUAUUGAUGGCCACACACUGAAGUAUGCCCUUUCAUUUGAAGUCAGGCAGAGCUUUCUGGACUUGGCACUCUCCUGUAAAGCAGUCAUUUGUUGCAGAGUAUCUCCUCUACAGAAGUCUGAAAUAGUAGACAUGGUCAAGAAACACGUCAAUGCCAUAACACUUGCCAUUGGGGAUGGUGCCAAUGACGUAGGAAUGAUCCAGACAGCUCAUGUUGGAGUGGGGAUCAGUGGCAAUGAGGGCAUGCAGGCAACCAAUUGCUCGGAUUAUGCCAUUGCACAGUUUUCCUACUUGGAGAAGCUGUUAUUGGUCCAUGGAGCUUGGAGUUACAAUCGAGUUACCAAGUGCAUACUAUAUUGCUUCUACAAGAAUGUAGUUUUGUAUAUUAUUGAGCUUUGGUUUGCUUUCGUUAAUGGAUUUUCUGGGCAGAUAUUAUUUGAGCGAUGGUGCAUUGGUCUGUAUAAUGUGAUUUUCACAGCGCUGCCACCCUUUACUCUGGGAAUUUUUGAACGCUCGUGUACUCAAGAUAGCAUGCUUCGAUUUCCACAGCUCUACAAAAUAACUCAAAAUGCAGAUGGGUUCAACACAAAGGUUUUCUGGGGUCACUGCAUCAAUGCCCUGAUCCAUUCCAUCAUUCUCUUCUGGUUUCCACUGAAAGUGCUGGAGCACGAUGCGGUGUUCACAAAUGGCCAGGGAAUUGACUAUUUAUUUGUUGGAAACAUAGUUUACACUUACGUUGUAGUCACUGUUUGUCUGAAAGCUGGCUUGGAAACAACUGCAUGGACUAGAUUCAGUCACUUGGCCGUCUGGGGAAGCAUGCUGCUCUGGCUGGUAUUCUUCAGCGUCUACUCGGCCAUCUGGCCCACGUUUCCCAUCGCACCAGACAUGCUGGGGCAGGCUGGAAUGGUGUUAAGAUGUGGAUACUUCUGGUUUGGCUUGUUUCUCGUGCCCACUGCGUGCCUUGUUAAAGACGUGGCAUGGACAGCGGCCAAGCAUACCUACCAUAAAACUUUGCUGGAGCAAGUUCAGGAAUUGGAGACGAAGACAAGAGAGAUGGGAAAAGCCAUGCUUCGCGAUAGUAAUGGAAAGAGCAUGAACGAACGUGAUCAUUUGUUAAAAAGGCUUGGCAGGAAAACUCCUCCGAGCCUUUUCCGUGCUCAUUCUGUCCAGCAAAGUGUAUCACAUGGGUAUGCAUUUUCUCAAGAAGAACACGGCGUUGUUUCCCAGUCGCAAGUUGUUCGAUCCUACGAUACAACCAAAAGGAGAGCAGAAAUGGAAUAAAUGGUUCUUUACUUGAUGGGUGGCGGGAAUAAUGGGAUUUGGAUCAAUGCAUCCACUGUUAACACAUCCUAGACUACGGUUGGCAGCAGCAGCCAAAACACCAGAGAACUCAUUUUUGUGGCCUUAGCCAACAAGUUUCUGUAUUCUCCCUGCAAACCUUGAGUACAUGUUGUGGGGGGAAAUAAUUGUUUGAAAUCAGUUGCAAAGCUCUGCCUAAAGUUUUGUUUAUGUUGUUAUGAAGCGUUUGACUGUGCUAUGUGAGGUGUGAAAUUAAAAACAAUGUUUUACCACUAUUUAAAACAUCAGCAUAAGGUUUUUCUGGGAGAAAAGUAGAAAAUUUAUGUUCCAUGAGAAGUCAGCCUUUGCUUAACGGGGUGCUGAGAUUUCCUGUUUUGUUACGCACAGACCAAGCACACACGGCUGCAUGCAGACCUUACUUCAUUUAAUAUUCUCUGUUUACUAAUUUGGUUCAAAUUUUUAACAGACUAUUUGGCAUAAAAUUUUUGAUUGCAAACAGUCUGUAGCUGAAAAUGCUUAUUUGUCUUCAUGUGGCAGAGUAACACAAGAUAGUAAUGAAUGAAUUAGAAUAUUUCUUGCCCUCUUACAGAAUUUAUUAGGGCUCUAUGUUAGCUUUCUAAAACCAAUUAAUAGCUUACUCACAAAGCCAGGAUGUGGAAGUCAGAGAGUGCGCCAGGGCAGCUACCUUGAGCGCAUGGCAUUGUGCUCAAAGACUAAACCAAAUAGGUGCCUCCUGGUAACUCUUCAUGACGUAUGUGGACGCGCACUUCAGGUGUAGCCUGGGAUUCCUCUCUAUGAUCCCAUUCCCACUUUAACAGUAGGACAGAACAGUGAAAACUUAAAAGGUACAAGCUUGUCAGAUGUUGAUAAAGAUGAUGUGCGUCCACACAGGAGGCUAAUGCUGUAACCCUAAAGAAACAUUCCCCUGACCGGGUAGGGUAGGCUUGCAAAGGAAAUUUAGAAAGGCUUUAGACACGUGUGUGCACACACAUGUACACACACAGCUGGUCAUUGUGAGGAGACGACCUGCUGUUUGUUUGUUCAGCCAAACCGGUCCCUCUUCUAGAUCUGAUCCAUCAACAGGCUUCCUGACACACUCGGACCCGUGAGCCCUGGAAGGAAUGCUGACUUCACGGCCUUGCUGUGCCAGCGGGACAGGCGUGCUGCUGCAUAGAUUGGAAUUUUGAAAAAAAGCAAAAACUGGAGUGUAAGUUAAAGCUGAAAGAGCUCUUAGAAAGCUAAUGCUGUCCUCCAGACAAGUUCUAUUAAUUUUAGUCGCCAAGCCACGUUUCUGAAUAGCAUAAAGUAAAUACUGCUGUGUUUCAGGCAGGUUUUGUGGUUAACGUAUACUACAUCUGUGUGCUUAAAAAGUUGGUGUUGUUUUUUGCCCUAUUGACCAUCAUCCGGAACUUUUUAUUGAUUUAAAUAUAUCCAAAAGCAAUUUGAAUAUGAAUAUUUAUUUUUACCAAGGAAAAGGAAAACGCCAGCCUGGCCCACUGGCUUAACCUUCCUUAAGACUUGUGAGUAAAUGCCAGUGCUCAAGUGUCGUAGUUCAAUUCCCAGUGCCACCUCAGAGGUUUGGAGUCCCCUUCCCUGUUAAAAAGCAAAUUUUGCUCCUGCAGAACCAGGCAGGAUUGCUCUUGGAUUAGGCUGUUGGUACAGAGAGAAAAGUAAUCACCUUCUUUCUGCAGUGCUAAUGAGACAAUUAUGCAAUAAGGGAAGUGUGCAAAUAAUUUUGCCAUAGGCAUGAGUGUCAAGGGGCCAAGGGUGGGUGUAUGUAUUUUCUGGGAGAUUAAUUUUUUUUAAAGGCAUGAAUACUAGUGCAGAGAAUAAAUGAGGGGAGGGUAAGCCUGAUCCCAGGAGCUUUUGAAUCCUAAUGCUGAUCUAACCUGUUAAACACUUUCUUUUAUUUAGAAACAAAAUCUGUUUAGGAAAUGUGUGGUGUAAUCCUGUCUUCAAAACUGCUAACUGGUUCUUCCUUUUGUAACAACACAAGGAAAAUUAACUUCCCACUGAGACAAAGUGAGAUCAGCUUAGUCUUUGUACUCUAAGCCACACACUAAACAUUGGUAUGUAAACAAUUUGGAGACUUUUCAUGAGAAUACAGAAAAAAAAACUUCUUAAAAACCUCUGGAUUAUAAAGAAGGGCAAGUAAAUGUGUUGAGCAGAGAAUAGAAAGAACCCUGGAGUCUUUUCUCUUCUUAGUGCAACAAAAUUUUACAGAACAUAAUGAGAGAUGCUGGGGAGGAGCAGCUGUCAUCUAAUGUGAUUUAUUUUAUUAGUGCAGACUAUGGGCUGUAUCAUUUUGACCUCUCUGUAAAUUGAGGUCAGUGUGUGUCACAAACACAAACCCUCCCUAGAGUGAGUGGUGGCUUAGAUUGAGGUACGUGUGUUGGAUGUCAGCUCAAUGGGAAUUACACAUGGGGUUUGUCACAGGGCUAUACAGUAUGUGACACAGGGGCUAGCGGGUCAGACUUUAUCAUCACUGUAAGGCCUUAAUCUCUAGCCAAGUUAAUCCUGUAGAGCCCACCCAGGUCAGGACCUGGCAUUCUUCUUGCUCUUUGCAGUCAUUACAGGAAUGAAUGUAUUGCAAUAUCCUGUAGCCUGACUGUUGGAGUUGCUUGUCCUGGUGAACAGUGAUGAGGUGUAUUCCGGUGGUGUGUUAGCAAAAGGAGAACAGCAGCCGCUCUGCAUCAAUGGAAUUCCUUGUUCAUUAAUGCAAAUGCAUGUAGCAGUAACAGCAACCUUUGAAAGCGCUAUGUGAAAGUGUUAUCAGCUAGACAGGGUAUCCAAGCAGAAGGAAUGGGAGAUUUCUGCUUGACUGUUCAGACUUAAUCAACCCUAGGCAGUUAGCAGUGGGUUUCUUGGGCAGCUCUGUGCACUGACCAAAGUGCUGGUGGUGGGGGUGUGUGUUGAAUAUUCAGAAGCAAGUGGUGAUUUUCCUGAAUUAAACCUGGAUCUGGUUGCUUCUUUUUGUAACACCAUAAUCGCUGCUUGCAUAGAAGCUGCUGUUCCUUUAACGAUUGCCUAGUAGCAAAUUAAAGCUGGCCAGCGGGAGCCUGAGCUGAGCACUGCUGAGAAGUCUGUUGACAUUUUCUUUUCCUUGACAGGGCUUGAGGUCUUGCUGUAGGGAGCUAGCAUGGGAAGUCAGUAAUAACUUGUCAAGGAGAAACAGUGAAUAACCAAUAAAAGUAUCUGAGUCAAACUAAGCUGCUAAUGUAUCUAAAAAUGUGUGUGGAGUUAACAUGAACUAUAUGGGCUGUAAAUUAAGAUAACAGUCAAGCCUCACUAAUCUGCACUUCACCAGACCACACGCCUCUUAGUGCACGCCAAAAAUGUGCAGUCUCUUCCCCUGCCUGAGCCAGCAGCUAAUAGCAGAUGCUGCAGGGAAGUCUCCUGCUACCAAGAUUAUAUUACUUUUACAGCAUGUACUGGAGUGUGUUUGCUGGGAGACAGUUAGUGCUCAUAAAUAAAGAGAAAGCUCAGGUGGACUAGAGUAAGUGAGAUGCAGGGACUAUGACAUGGUCAGUGGCCUCACUGGGUGCAUCUUGACCCUCUAUGGACAGCCCCAAGAGCUUGGGAGGUGGCUGGUCUUUACACUGUCCCUGUCCUGCAGUCUUGUUUUGCCCUUUUGGGCUAACUCACCAUAUCUCCUGUUUCGCAUUGCCUUCAGUCAUCAGUGCAGACUAGUGCUGCCCUAUUUACAUUCUCCCUUGGUUUUAUAAAUAAUGACUUAAUUUCAUUUUUAAAUACUCUGAGGGCCGUACUUUCACUGUUAUGCCUCACAGCUCAAGUUGAAGCAGAGCAGCCCUUGAGCAGGUGUUCACCUCCAAGAAGCACUUUGGAUUUGUCAGAUUUCUCCCUAGUUUUAAGGCACUGAAGAUACUUUACCUUAGUUUUGGAUCAUCACACAGUAUCAGUUCCUUAAACUUCAGUCAGUUUGCAGGGAGCGCUCUUUCUGUCUUGUUGAGCCUAACAAUAAACAGCAAUGAUAUGAAAUACCUGGUGGGUUGGAGGAGAAUUUGGCUCUGCCUAUGCUAUACCUGGUGGGUAUAUAUAUACCUGGGUCACAGUUUGCUCCUGAAACGUGGCACUGACCGUGCAUGUUCCUCAGCGUCCAGACAGUUGGGCUACUUCUGUCCUUAUCAGGAAGGACUCUUGUACUCAUCUCUUCCAGUGUCUGUCUGUGCUGCAGCCCCACGCCUCCUCGAGGUUGCUGAGCACCAAGCAGAUCCAGAUCCUCCUCCCUACCUUGUACUUGCAGGGUCACCUGGACACAGCCCUGAAGCUGUCCUGCAGGUAGCUGUUAGAGGCACAGCCAAAGUGCCUAUUAAAUGGGGAGAGUUUUGAAUUCAAAUCAAGUGUUGUUCCUAGCUGUAACUCAUAAUUGUCACUGCAGAGAGUGCAGAGGUAUACAAGAGAUGGAGAUUCAGCGGGUUACGAAUCUGAUGACUGGACUUGUACACGGCCCAUUCCCAUCCCACCGGCCAGGCCCUGCGUGAGCAACUGUGUCAUCUGGUGAGGGAAUGAACAGGCAAUGGCACUUCUCUUUAGGGUGUUCCUUAUUUGCAGCCACAUCACUGUUCCUCAGAAGCCCUCUGUGCAGGAGCUCUGUCCCAGACCACUCUCUGAAGGGCAGCUCUGCACCCAGGCUGAGAGAGGCAGCCUCUAGGAGCUGCCUGUUCCGUACCAUGGUGGCAUGGUCGUCUUUGUGUCAUAGGCAGCGGGCGGUGGGACUCUGCCAGCAGCAGCCGGGGUAAAACAAGCUGUUCCAGGGGCACAGCCCCUGCUUCUUUGCAAAUGACCUGUUAGUGGUGAUGAGUUCGGGCCUUUGAUGUGACCUGAGCUUUCAAGCAGGUAGUUUCUUUCUGGAGCUUAUUCCUGGUGCUGAGCUUUCUGGGUUGACUGCAAUCAAUUCCUGUUAGAAUGGAGUGAAACAUGCUUUCACCCAUUUUUGGUACCGUACACAAAAGGCUUGGUGCUUUGUUGGGCGAAACCAUGUGUGUUGAUUUCUUCAUUUGAGCUUUCUCCUUCUGUAUGGGGUUGGGGCAAGUCUGCUUGGUUUGAUUACACAGUUAACACACACAGCCCUGUUCCCAUUUUAUUUUCACUUGUCUUAUAAUAUUGCUUACACUGAGUUCUCAGAACUGAAUAGCUCCAGGAGGGAGAGAGCUCAGAUCCUUUUACCUGAAAGCUUCAUUAUCUAAGAAUGAUCUCCACUACCCUUCUGUGCUUGUGACUAGAGCUGUGUGUCUGGAGAAGGCCACAGGACAGGGUCAGUACAAUAGAUGACAACAAAGUAAAUCCAUAUGGGUACAGAGAAUAACUGUCUAUACCUUUUCCAUACCUAGCAGCAAGAUUAAUGGAGCCUCUGAGCCUUGUUAGCAAAUGAAAACCAGAAAGUGCCCUGUGCUGCUUGGCCACACAAGUGAAUCCCAAAGGUGAUUGCUUCUCGGUGACCUGCAGAAAGCCCAGACAGCCUGGCUGGGUUUAUCUGGCUGGGAAUGUGCUCUCGGAUGGGCUGUCUGGACUGGGAAACAAAAUAGCUUGGCCAAAACCACUGUUGCUGUUAGCGGUGAGGGAGGGAAGGGAUUCUUUGAGAUUCCCUGAAAAGCUGCGAUAAAGCUUAUUUCUCUGGUUCCUUCCUCUGGCUCUGGGAAGGGAGGGAGAGCGCUAUGUUGUGAGCCUGCGAGGCUCUGUUACCUCCUGAAGCUGAGCUUCCUCUGGUGCCAAGCUGCAGUCCUGGGCUUGGAGAAAGGGACCACGUCCCUGCCAGAAGCCUCCCUGCUUAGUGUCCCGUGGCUCUAGCAGGUUGUUUUCUGGGUUAUGACAGAUUGCGAAAUUGUUUACUGGCUGCUGUUUGCCUCAUGGAGCCACAGGAACUGAGCACUGAAAUUAUGUCAGUCCUGACAAGGAAUAUCUUUCAUGGACAGUUAACGGGACUUCUCCUUAGGUGUUGCUCCUGGGCGGGUUCCUAUCCCCUAGGCCAGUGGAAGUGUCUUGUUAAUCUGGGGACCUGGUUCUCUUCAUGAUAGAGUGUGAAGCCUAGGGGUUGUUUCACUGGAUUCGUGGCCUAUUUAUUUGCAGUGUGGACAGAAGGUGAAAUAGCUGAGUUCUAGUGUUUCUUCAGAGCCUUCCUUUAUGUAUGAAAAAGGUGAGACAAGUUCUUCUGAAGUCUGCCACGAGGGGAUUUUUCUCCCUCAGCAUCUCUGUAGCUACUAAAGAGAAACAGAAUCGGGUAAAUGACAAUUUCUGGGUGGGCAAGCCCAGCAGUCACACGGACAUCUAAUGAUGAAGAAAAGACUAAUAUAUUGCCUGACUGUCACUGUGCGUAGUCAGGAGGUCAGCACCCUUGUUGUUAUGGAGUGACGAAGCCAAGGGAAAAGACCAACAUUAACAGAAAGACGUGAUUGUUUUAAAUUCUGACCACCUUACUGGGUGGCUUCCCUGUGAAGAUGUUCCAGAUGUUGCCUUGGCAUAAAUUAAUGAACUUCAAAACAUCUGCAGGGUUUCUUGGAAACCAUGGAAUUUAACAGACAGCGCAUAUGCUCUCCUUUGCUAUUCUGGUGGAUGUAUGGAUUCAGGAAGGGAAUGCAGGCACUUGCUGUUCUUACUGUCAAGAGCUCGUAGACUGGAAGGUUGUUCAAAGUUGUUUCUCAACUCUUUCUUUAAUAAAAAAAAAAAAAAGGCUCCAGAUACAAAGCAAUGAGGCAGCCAAGCCCUCUGGAACUGUGUGUGCAUGUGUGUGUUGGAAGAGUUGUCCAAUUUGAAAACCUCCCCGUCCUUCCUCCUGGCCCUGAAGUGCAGCCCAUUGCGUUGGGAGGUCAAAUAUUCAACAGCUUGAGUGACACGAUCUUUAACAGCAUCUUUUUCAUCAGCGAGCCAAGUUAUGUGCCCGCUUGUCUGUCAUAUCUGUACUCGAAUUGCUUAAAUAUUGUUUCAGAUGGGGAGGUUUUAAUCUGGAUAUGCAGAAAGGAGUAAUGCUGUGGGGGGAUGUUUAAUUGGCUCCCAGCAGAGUAGCAAUGGUGUGUGGGUUUUCUCCUCUAGAAGUGUUACCAUUUUCACAUCCUAUUAAUGUCCUCUGGUAGUUUAAAUACAGCAUCGCAUUACAGUGGAGUUUGUUUCCCUCCCAGACUGAAUACAAAUGAAGGUCAUUUACUUGUAUUUUUAGAAGGUUCAGAAAACUUAGCAAAUUUGUAGCUUUGAACAGCAUUGUUGACUGUUGUAUGUCCGCACAAAAAUAUUUCCAAUAAACCUUUUAUUAAAACAA